AAUCCACAGAAGUCUCAGGUGAAGUUCAAAAUGUCCUCCAACGAGAGCAUAACCACGAUUGCAAGCAGCAACACCACCGAUUCAUGCGUCAACAGCAUCCUGGAGGGUUUGGGUUACAGUCUUGUGUUUCUCCUCGGUCUCGUCGUCAACGGUGCUGCUCUGUGGGCCUUCGUCGCAAAGCGGGCCUCCUGGACGACACACGUCUACAUGCUGAACCUGGCUCUGGCUGAUUUUACCCUGGUCCUUUUCCUUCCCUUCAGGAUUUACGACGCCUUUUUCUGCCUGCCUAAAACUUUGCUCUGCAGUUUCCUAAUUUUUAUUCACUUCAUCAACAUGUACGCCAGCAUCCUGACCACGACAGCCAUCAGCGUGCACCGCUACCUCACCAUCAAGUUCCCACUGCAGGCCAGAUCAUGGAAGAGGAGGAAGGAGGCGGCUGUCGCCGUCUGCUUGCUCAUCUGGGUGGUUUUAGUUUCAAUUGCUGUUGUUUUUCGCAACGAUAACCAUCCUGAAAAACUCUGGACAUGCUAUGAAAGAUGUAAAAAUAAGAGAAUCCGUCGACAAUUUACCUGGCUUCUGUUGUCUCUCGGCUACCUGGCUCCUCUGCUGAUAAUUGUGUUCUGUUCCAGUCAGAUCAUCUGUAUUUUGGGAAAAGAGCAAAACAAGUCGGAGGAAAGAAAAAGUAUUGUUGAUAUAAUAAAAGCAAACAUGAUGGUGUUUCUUGUCUGCUACACACCAAUCCACAUUGCGCAUGUAGUAAGUUUACUCUACGAGGUUCCACUAAACUGGAAGUCCAUAUAUCUACCAAGCCAUAAGUUUUUACAAGUGUCUGAAUGGAUCGCCUCCACAAACUGCUGCUUUGAUUCCAUCAGCUACUAUUUUUUAUUAAAGAGGUUUUACACUCAGCGAACCUUAGAGCUGUAGGGUUAAGGCUAAGAAAACUAAGACAGAGGAGCAAGACGUUCAUUUCUGACUAAAUCCCAUUCUGUAGUUGCAUUGGAGGGUUUAUCUUUCCCUGCUGUCAGAGCCAGCCCAAUGUUUAUUCAAGUUCCAAAAUACUUUAUUGAUCCCAAAGGUAUAUCAAAUUAAAAGAGUUUAGCAAAGCAACCUUUGUGUUUCACUUUCAGAUACGCCCAGCAUUCACCACAUGACCACUGAUCUUCUGAUUUGGUAUUUGUUCAGUUGUUUUGAAUUCAACUUGUUUUAUAGUUUCUAACUGUAUAAAAAGAUAUGGGAAAGUUGUGUUGUAUUUCAAGUGCUGAAAUGAAUAAAUGUUAUGAUAUUUCAGUUUAGUAACUCCCAUAUGUCAGCUCAGAUGUCAGCGACAAUUAAAGUAAAAUAUUUUUUACGAGCUUAAUUAAUUUUUCUCCAUUUUUACAUUUGGUUCCUUUUUGUUUUUAGGCAACAAAACAAAUAAACAAAUAAACUGCCUUGUGUCAUCUGUGACUGUGACUGUUCAGUUCCUUUUUUUAAGAUUCUUGAUGUUGAAGAUUGGGUUCUGCUUCAAACAUGAACUAAAAUAUACCACACAGGAAACUUAAAACCCACACAUGCAGCUAGCUACAAAAAGAGCUGAGCUUGUGCAGAUAAGACUUACUUUUGGAAAAAUGAUAAUGAAAUUCUUUGUAUUUGCAAAGUCAAACAAGUUGGCAACUGAGAGUACAGAUCAGUUUGCAAGUUUACUUUUAUCUUGAAUUGAUUUGUUUCUACAUGAGUUGGAUUUGAAUCAAAUUGCACCUUUUUAUAAUUUGCUCUUUAGCUGUUGUGUGCUUGUGAAGUACAUUUAAUUUGAUGUGC